AUGGCAACUGAAAACAUAGAACUUUUCUGUGGUCCCUGUUCAAUUAGUCGUAAAAAGUCAAAAUCAACUAGAUGGUGUUUAGAGUGUGAGGAAGGACUUUGUGAUGAUUGUGUUGACCACCACAAACGGAUGAAAAUGUCACGUGGUCAUACAACAAUAGACGCCAAUCAGUAUGAAAAACUGCCGUCUUUUAUUCACACGAUUAAUCCCGACUGUACCGAACACAACCGGAAAUUAGAAUUAUACUGUCCAUCUCACAAGGUAUCAUGCUGUAUGCAGUGUAUCCUUACUGACCAUCAUAAAUGUAUCGAUGUUACGCCAUUGGAAAGUGUGGCUGCGUCAGUCAAGUCGUCGGCUGCUUUUCAGGAACUAGACAGAGACAUCGAAUGUGUAGUUGGAGACUUGGAUAAAUUAGCCAGAAGUAGGUCUAACAAUUUGAAUAGAAUCACAGAGGAAGAAACACGAAUAAAAAGCGAAAUUUUCACGUUAAGAACACAUUUUAACGAGCAUUUAGACAAACUGGAAGAACAAUUAUCGAACGAAUUACACGACGUUAAAUCUCGCGAGCACUCAAAGAUUGGUACAGUUCUUCGAGAAGUAAACGAGAGACGCGAUAACUUGGUUUCACUACAAAGAGAUCUGAAAGGCAUCAAACUACACGCCACUGAUAUACAAGCAUUUAAUGGCAUUAGACAUACAGAAUCCCAACUAGAAUCGAGCAGAAGUUAUUUGCAGUAUUUGCAGACUAGUGAUACGACUGUAGACAUUGAUAUUUCAUUUGAAACGUCCCCAAGUGUCAAACUGAUCAUGGGUAAAAUUACAUCAUUCGGUAAAAUAAACGUAGUGACUGCGCAUACAUCUGCUUUACAUCCAGUGGUUCGAUCUAGAUCUCUUACAACGCCUAGAUCAUCAAGAGAAAUUACGUUAAAAAGCGGUAAAACGUCACUUACUCAAAUCCCUGAAAAAAAUCGACACGAAAUAGAUGUAAGGAAAAUAUCACUGCUUUUUCAUAGGAAAAUAUCAAUUCCUGUUGGACAACUUGGUAUCAUCUCUAGUAUUAUUAGGUUAAUCGACAAAAAAAUAAUAGUGGCUGAGUCUUCCUAUAAAAAUGGCCAUCUAUAUGUAUUCAGCGCUUUAGGAAAAUAUCUAAAAGAAAUAAAAAUAACUGGCGACCCAUGGGACGUAACCCAGUUAGAUGGAACAACCAUCGCAGUAUCAUAUCCCGACCAAAACGAGGUGAAACUUAUUAACUGUAUGAACGGGGAUAUUAUAGACACGAUUCCAUUACAAAAGUCAGGGUGGGGACUUUGUAGUGACGACUACGCUAUUUUUGUUGGCAUGAAAGGCAACGAGUUACUUGAAUUAGACUACUUUGGAAACAGGAUUAAGAGUACAACUAUCAAAUCGAGGCUUGAAAACUUCCAUAUCGGUACAGACAGCAUUUAUUACGCAGACAAUAAAAAACAUAUUUUAUUUUGCGUUUCGUUAACGGGUGCAUUGAUAUGGACGUACCAAAAUGAGUACAUGCGAGGACCGCAGAGCGUAACAACAGACAAAUACGGUAAUAUUUACGUCGCGUGCAGUGAUAAUCAUUGUAUUGUAGUUAUUUCCCCUGAUAGAAAUAAGAUUCGGAUACUUCUUGGGAAAAGUGUUGGACUAGAACGUCCUCAAACUAUUUAUAUUGACAAAGAAAACUCCGUUCUACUCGUCAGCAAUCGGAACGGAAAAUUUGCUGCUAUGUAUAAAAUUGUGUAUCGAUAA